UAUUGACCGUCUAGCUGUUAGGAUUUGCUAAAGUGGGAUCGUCAAUGACAAGUUAUUGUUUUCGUUCCAUCUCAGAAAAUCACAACGCCACGUAGAACAAAAACGUGUUUAGAUUCUCAAAAUAUCCUGGGUUCAGUAAUUUCAUUUGUAAUCAUGGCAUAUUUGCCUAAUAUGCAGGUAAGUUUACGUAGUCGUAAACGUUGCUCGUUGUGUUAAAACGGUUAACAAGUACAUCGACGCAUGGUAUAUAUAUUUACAUCCAGAGCCUGAAUUAUGUGUAAAGGUUAGUUUAAACUUACAAUCGCCAGUGUGAACACUCUGACAAAACCUGACAAUUAGUAACUGUGGUAGCCUAGUUAAACACAGUUUUACAAUCGUGCUUUAAAGAUUCACGGCUCUAAGACUAAGAGCUGGUGUAGUUUCGGGCUCAUUUUGCACAACAUAACUCAUAAGUUAAUUACAAAUAUUGGCUUUAAUAUGGAUUGGUGUAUUAUUAAUUUUAUGGAACAAACAGUGGCAUGGCCAGCCCGACAAUUUGGUCAUGCUAUGCAAAUAUCAAAUCAUUAUCAUUAUUCAUUUCUUUAGAAAUCGAUUGUUUUCACGGUUUGUGAACACGAAAAUAUUUGCAUAGCAUGACCAAAUUCUCGGCUGGCUACGCCACUGGGAACAAACGUACUGACUGAAGGCCCACACAGACUGGACGCGAUUCGGCAACGCGACGCGAAUUUUCAGAUUUCAAAAACAAAACAGAAAACUGAAAAUUCGCGUCGCGUCCGGUUUGUAUGGGCCUUGAUCAGGCGACGAACAGUCGUGAAUUUUAUCCUGUAGGCUACGGCUAUAUACGCGGCUAUGGUUAUACACGCCAAUCACUUGUAAGAAAACAGCCGUAAACAACGUGAUUAUAUAAUAGAACAAGAUCUUUGUAUUACUUGUAAACUUAAGAGAGGUAUCGAAAAUUCAACUCUGUUUUAGGGCAGCAAAAUGGUAAAAUCGUAACAAAAACUUUUACUCAUGCAUAUUACUAUUACUACAUGCUACUAAAAGUAUUAUUAUUAUUUACAAUGUUAUAUCAUAUAUACAUAGUCAUAAACAAAACGUUUAAUAUUAUUGCUAUUACUAUAAUUGAAAAUACUAUUCAGUAUAAAAACGGUUAACGAAUGUUUGCAAUUUAAUAACGAAUGCUUGCAAUUUAAACUUAGAUGAAAAGAAACGAACUGUCUUUAAGUUAUAUUUUGUUCUGUCUAAUUCUUGGUCUAACCUACAGCUACGUGGUACCAUCCGUUAACUCAGGUAUGUUGUUUAUAUAUAUUACGUCUGUAUCCAAAAACUAUAAUUUAUUUCUUCUUUAUUAUUAAUUAUGCCUGACCUAUGGCUAUACACGUAGAAAUGCUCAAGUUGUUAUAACGUACAGAUCUGCAAACAAAUUGUAACUAGUAUUGGUCGGUCGAUAUCAGGAUGUUUUCACACCGCUUGUUCCCAGUUGUUGUGACAGAAACACCUAUCCGUAACUUUUAAAAAACGCUAUUUUCGGAGGAAUUAUUGCAAUGUAAAGAUGUUUCGCUCAGCUUCUGAAAAUUGUUAAAUUGUACAUUCCGUAUCGGAUAUAUAGGUGCUUUUUCGCGCCCGGCUACGGAAAGCUAUCUGGUACAAGUGUAAACCCAGCCUAAGUCUGGACUAAACAAGCUGUAAUCAUUUUGUGACAUGCAACCGCAAGGUUGACAAUUGUAUAACAGAAAGUGCUCCAAAUUGUUCCAACAAGACUAUAUGGGCUGUUCGUAUAAACAUUAGCAAUCUCGUACCCAGAGUAUGCCCGUCACCUAACCUGCGAACGGGCAUACUCUGGGACAAGAUUGUAACAUUAGUUGAAGGGUAUUGUAUAACUGGAAAUUAUCGAGUGGAAAUUAUAUACAUUGAUUAAUAAAUGUAUAUAAAUUUCCACUCGAUAAUUUCCAUCUACAAUUAUACCCUUCAACUAUUAUUCAAUCGAGUGAGAUGCCAACAAAAUCUCGAUGUUCGUAACAUUAAGCUUAUUGCUGCCGUGAUGUUUCAGAUAUACAAACUCAAGCCAAAGGCGAGAGGUUUUACAUGUCAGUUACCCUGAUCUGAUAGAACACGGUGUCACGGGCGCGAAUGCUGAUCAAUAUAGUUUGUGAAACCGGCAAUUUAUCUUUUGUUAAAAAUGAGCAAUGUCAACCAAUCUUAAUGCCAUUUUUAUAUAAUGUUCAACAUCUAGUUCCCCAAGGCCAAGCUAAUGCCACAUCAAAACCUGAAUGUGAAGGCAAGUACAGUUACUGCGGAUUCAGGUUGAGUGUUUAAUGACGUCACGAGCGUGUGAUUAUUGCAACACUCAAACGCAUGCGUUGUCAAGUGGAAAAUAUCUUGUUGCUAUGCGGAAGUAUUGUAAAGGCGUGGUUGUUUUCGAUAAGUUGUCGCGUUUAUAGUCUUUAUACUCGGCUUAAUAUUGUAUUGUUUUGAUGGAUAAUUUUAUUGAAAUUCAGUUUGAUUAUCAGUAUUAUUCAAAGAACAGGAUCACACCGUUAUUUAUUGGUAACGAUGAAUUACUGGCUUUAUCUUAUCAUGGCUUUUACUCGCGUAUGUUAAGCGAAGUUCCACACAUUGCCAAGGUAGCACCAACGCCCUCUGAUUCAUUGCGACUGAUUUUGAUUGAAGAAAAUCGACCCGAAAUAGAUCUCUCACCAAAGUAUUUCAAGUCGCAGAUGAUGAGAAUUUUGAACAAAGGAUUAAAAACAAUUGUUAUUCGUGUUGUUGCAAAUGAAUCACCGCUUGUUCACUUUGGUACACAGGCGCCAGCUAAAGUUACAAAUAUUUCAGAUAAUCCUCGAAGCAAACGUCGUUUGGAAUUAGUUCAAAAUAGCGGAAAGGGAAACAUGCAAGUUCAGCUAACUGAUAAUAGCAAGACCAUAAUAAGUCCGAGUACAGACUCAGUGAUUUUACCGCUGGAAAGACACGCAAAGAAACACGAAGAAAGCAUUCGAAACAUUUCCGAAAAAUUGCAGAACUGAAGACUCGAGAGCUUGAAUGUUUUGACAAUAAAUUAAGUGAUGCCUGUCACCAGAACGGCGGCCACUUGUCUGCGUGUGGCAAUUGUCACUUAAAAAUUGGUCACACCAGAAAAUCAUGCACUUUUAGCCCGUGUAGAUCAGCAUUUUCAUGUGGAAUCCUCGCAAAACACAAUGAUCAAAGAUCGACAAGGGCAAACCUCACGAAAGAGGUGUCGAAGCUCGAAACCGAAAUAACAAAAGCGAGAUCUGAUAUGCAUAGUGCUAGAACCGCAUUAGAAAACGUGACUGAACAAUUCUUCUAAGAAAAGAAUAGAGGAUAUCCUUGUAAAUGAAGAACCGCAUAGAUACAUCACUAGCGGACGCAGAAACUGGUUAGUUUUGAACAAAGAUGUCAUGCUUUUACAGAGUAAAUUGAAGGGAAGCCUGCCAACCCGAAAUAACGUUAUGAACCUUCUAAAUUCGUUGGUAAGAGAAACGUCGGUGUCAACUUUAACGAUGACUACUAAAACUAGCACACAUUCGGUAGUCAUUCACGGCACUGACCACCGGAUGGCUCCCCAAAAGCGAGUCCUUGAAGAAGAGUAUGGAAUUAACUUCCCAACAAAAAAGUUAUGUAGUAAAUCGAAUAAUCAAUUGUGUUUAGACGGUCAAGACAAAAGCGACUUUCAUAUGGCUCUUAAGACAAAAGCGACUUUCAUAUGGCUCUUAAACUACAACAACAAGAGAUUGAAAAUGUAUCAUCUGAUAGUGUAAUCGAUGAAGACGACAAUGACGACCUUCAACUUGAAGCCGAUGCGGCGGCCGCUUUGUUACAUUUAAAAGCAAGAAAAUGAACUAUUCUCAAACAAGUAACAUUUUGAAAAUACUUUAGACUAUUAUUAAUACUUCUAUCAGCAUAUGUGCUGUAUUGUUGUGUUUUAUAAAGGGAAGAUUGCAUGUUUGUAUACAAAAACCUCAACAUGAUACUGUUAUUGCAUACCAUUUCAAAUAUGACAAAAGCUGUUUAAUUUAAUUAUAGCUCAUUUGGUCUUGGGCUUCAGUUUUUACGAAAAUGUUUGUGGUGCAAUAUCAAUAUUAAUUGAGUUAUUGUCACGCAACACAAAAGAUCUCCUCUAAAUGUUUAAUAUAGUACUUACAGUAUUGGGCCUGUUUUAUACGUCGAUUUCGGUCGCGUCGAAUGCAAUUCAAACAAUAGAUGCACGAAGUUUAAUGAGGUUUAUCAUGUCAUCUAUUCAAUAUUGUCUUUAUACAGUAAUUGCAUUCGACUCUACCAGAAUUCGACGUAUACUGCAGGCAUUAGAAAUGUUCAUAUUUCAUGUUUUGUUUUAAUAUAGCUUAUAGUGCUUAACAUUAAACGUUUAUAUUUUAUGUCCAGCUUUUCAUCAGCAAUCGCACAUACUGUGACUGUGUUACUGAUAGGGGGAACAAAAUGUUAAUCAGUAAAAUAUUUUUAGAUUCAGAGGUUUAUAUAACCAGUUACUUCAAAAAAUCCCCGCAUGUCACCUGGAGUAAUGAAAUCCAGUGAUGCAUACAUGCACUGAACUAACUGAGCUACGGUGGUGAUAUCGCCAAAUUUGUAUUUCAUAACAGUGCGAAUCUUUCCGAAUACAUACUCGGCCGGAUUAAAGUCAGGUGAAUAGGCUGGCAUGUAUACGAGUUCAAUAUCGAGAUCGUUCAAGAAUUCUUGCAAAACGAAACCACCUUGGUUAUGAUGUGUUGCGCAAUUGUCCAUUACUAUCACAGACCCAGGAUCUAAACAGGGUCGUCCACUUCGUAUGUUUAUGGAAUUAUACGCCUCCUCGAAAAAAGCAAGGAAAUCUAUUGUAUCUGCACCGCCGUCAACUGUGUUUACAUAGUCAACCCCAGUUAAAGAACACAUCAAAUUAACUGUAGUAUUAGGAGAUUCUGCGUAUCUCUGGCAUUCAAUUGCGCGUUCUCCAACUGGAGCGUGGCCGUAACUGCGUGUUCCAUGUCGUGGAAGUUUUAGUCCGCAUUCAUCGAAAAAUUUUAACGUAUAGGGAUCUUUACUGUUUAGGUAGUUUACGAAUAGUUGAGUAUAAGCCAUGUUCUGUAGCGUAAAUCUCUCUUGGGCAAUAGGUUGUAAUUUCUUGUAGCUGUAUUCCUUGCCACUAGGAAGACGAUGUCGAACUGCUUCGGAUAAGGCUGUUGUCGACGUUGUGCCAUAUGGCAGGUCCCCAAACUCGUUCAGUUGCUCAAUAAUUUCAUAGUAUGAAAUAGAAGGCCGUUGUUUUUUCAAAAACUCGACGUACUGAAGAUCGCCUUGAGACAAAUGACUAGGAUUUCCACCUCUGUUCUUUUUUGGGCUGGUUGUCCCAUCCUGCAUGGCAAAAACGUUUCCAAAUAUUGGAUACAACUGCCGAAGAUACCCCCAGAGAGUGCGCUAUAUCAGUGUACUUCCCUGGAAAAAUACCUGUGUGAGUAUCACCACCGUGAAGUAUAAUUUUGUUAAUAAUCAAUAAUCUGAGAUCUUGCGAUAGAGGUUUUCCUUGUGCAAACAUCGACCGUGCUCGUUUACGCGCCACAUUUUUAUAAUAAAAACCCCGUUAAAACUCGGUAUUAACAAUUAAUAUUUGAUUCAAAAAUUAUCAGUAACUGGCUGUUUACCUUUUCAAAAAGCGUGUGUAUAAUUUUAUAAAUUAUAUUGCAAAUAAUGGGCUUUUGAAUGAUAUACGGCUACAAAUAAUGCUGCAUUUGUGCGAUUACGAAUUUAUUUAUUUAUACAGCUAUUAGCCCUAGCAACAAGACGUUUUCCACUUGACAACGCGUGCGUUCGAGUGUUGCAAUAAUCAUGCGCUCGUGACGUCAUUAAACACUCAACCUGAAUCCGCAGUAUAUGGUUGCAUGCAUUGGCGGACGUUUUCAGCUAUUGUUGUUGGCAUCAUACGUGGGUGUUGGUAGUGCAGUUGUUAGUGCAUGUGCCUUUCACUUCUGUAAAUGAGCAUGAUUAAAGACUGAUUUCCAGUGCUGUGUUUUUCAUUACGUACGUAUACAGUGACGUUUACGUACGGGUGCUACGCACGCGGAAACGGAUAAGUUGAACCCGGUUCAACUUUUUACACGCGUUUAAACAUUUACGCAAUGUCUCACCCAAUCAGAAAGCUGAUUGGGAUCACGUGAAAAUUGUAAUGACGCAUUCUAAAAAAUAGGUAUGUGUUUUCAACACAUCUUCCGUCGCCAAAUUUACAUACCUUAAGGCGUGUUUUUUUACACACGUUAUGGUGUGCAUUUUCCGGAAAAAGUGUGUAUUUUUGCACACCUUAAGGUGUGUAUUUGCAAGAUAAAGGUGUGUAAAAAACACGCCUUAAGGUGUGUAAAAACACGCCUUAUGUGUUUUUUGUGUUUGUUUGCUUGUCGCCAAAUUCACACACCUUGAGGUGUGUUUUUCCAAAAGGUGUGUAUUUUUACACAGUUUAAGGUGUGUAUUAAAUAUUUACAAUAUAUAUAAGCUAGGACUACAAUAAUGCAAACAUCAAUGUACAAAUGAAGAUAACAUAUUUAUUUUAACCUCUGCCAACAACACACAAAUCUGAUUAAGACAUGAUCCACAUAACACAAAGUCGUUGUAAGACUAAAAAUCCCAUCACAACAGAGUGGAUAGAAACCUCGAAAACAUCAUGAAAUGCAAUGACAUACGCGCUGAACAUCUGAUAGUUAAUUAUCGGUUGAGUACUCCUCUCCCAACAAAAGCUUUGAUUGACAUCAUCUUCAAUCAAAUUCUCAUUCCUCUCAACAUCAACUGGAAUUCUAUGUGAUCUGGAACUACCACAACGUUUCUCUCGUUUGUGUUGAUGGCUAAAUAUUUAAACAAAAUUUGAAACAUGAAACGAAUAUUGUUAUCAGGAUUUUGGCAUCUCACUCGGUAGAACUUUCUUAUGUUGAAGGUCUUUUGUGGAUGGAAAUUUCGAGUGUAGAUUUUAAUAAUUUAUUAGACCUGUAAACCAGAAGCAGUUGCCAGCUAUAGGCCCUCUGGCAGGAAUCGAACCUGUAAGCCCUGCGAGCUAAAUAUUUUAGUUGUCGAGGGCCAGCUGCAAGGUCAUAUAUGGGCCACAGGUUCCAUUCCCGCCAGAGCGUGGGCCUAUAUAGUUGUACUUUUUGCAACUGCUCCCGGAUAAAGAUAUAAAAUUUAUACUCAAAAUUUUCAUCUACAAAAAAACCUUCAAGAGUUAGUUCUAUCAAGUAAAGAUGUCCAAUAUCCUGAUAUUUAUACACACACCGUAAAACUGGUCAGGGGCGUAGAACCGGGGGGGGCACGGGGAGCACGUGCCCCCCCCCCCCCAAUUUUUUCAAAGGACUAAAAGUGCCCUUUUUUGUGAUGAAAAGUGCCCUUUUUGUGAUGAAAAGUGCCCUUUUUGUACAAGCUAAUGUCGCUGUAAAUACUAAGUUAACAUCAAAGGUACCCUUUUUGUUUGGAAAUUUCCAAGUUUUUAAAAACAAUUUGUACAAAAAGGUGCAAUUUCGGUAUGGUACGACGGAAAAAUUUUUCUUCCCCCCCCCACGCCGGCCCCCAUCGCCAACAUUUCCGGGAAAAUUUUUAUAGGUGCCCUUUUCAAUACCCUAAAGUGCCCCUAGAAGCCGGUACCUCCUCAAUCUUCUGAUGCUUCCUACGCCCCUGAAACUGGUAUCCGGCAUCUUAGUAUAAAUUCAUGGAUUUGGAGUUUCUGUAUCUUACGCACUGGAAUCACAUUCGCAGGGCCACAUGUCUAAUUCCUACCAGAGGGCCUACAGUUUUUGCAACUGCUCCUGCAUGGUGGUCUAAUAAAUGUAUAAAAUUUGCUCAAAAUUUCCAUCUACAGAAUUUUGAUUUUGUUAUUUAUAUUGUGAAGAGAAUUCUACCCAUUACUCGAAAUGAAUUUACGUGCGUUUUUCCUGCUAUGGCCUUUACGUACGAAAAAACCCCGCUUGAUUGGAAAUCAGCUAAAAGUUCCUUUCCGCAAUAUGCACUUAUUUGAAUAUAUCAGUGUUUUCAGUUGACUUUGCAAAACUGCGCAGGUUUUCUCCCCAUGGUUUCUUUAUGUAGUAUAAUACUGGUCCAGUAGCAGGAGCAGGAGUAGCAGCAGCAGCAGCAGCAGCAGCAGCAGCAGCAGCAGCAGCAGCAGCAGCAGCGGCGGCAGCAGCAGCAGCAGCAGCAGCAAUAGCAAUAGCGGUAGCCGUAGCGGUAGCGGCAGCGGCAGCAGUAGUAGUAGUAGAAGUAGAAGUUGGUGGUGGUGUUGGUGGUGGUGGUGGUGUUGGUGGUGGUGGCGGCGGCGGCGGCUGUUGCUGUUGUUUAUUAAUUAUACAUAAAUUACAGUUUACAAACUGAAUUGAUUAUAGCCUCGUUUACACUACGCUCAAUUUUUGGUACCGUACCACUUUUUGGUCCUUGGACUACCUAAAUAGGUAGUCCAAGAACCAAAAAAAUGGUACGGGUACCAAUAUUAUCCGUGCCGUACCAAAAAUUGGGCGUAGUGUAAACGGGGCUUAUGUUAACAACAGGUAAUUUAGAAAAUUAUCAUAAAAACUAUAUAACUAUUUACAAUAAAACUCAUUGUGACGACUAGCUGUAAUGUUCAUAAAGGAAUUUUUAAAACGGUCCGUAUUACACGUGGGGACGGAAAAUUUCCUAAUGUUUCUUAAAGGUAAGUUUCUGUUCGUAUUAAAAGGCAAAAGAUUAUGCAAUUUGUCCUCUGUAUUACGGGAGACCUUUAAUAAAAGAUCAUCGCAGAGAUUGUCCAAAGAUAAAUAACAGUCUAGUACUGAUAAAACUUUCCAUGCAGUUUGAAAGUAUAAAGUUAAAGUUAGUUUAGGUUUCCUCCUGUUGUCCUGUAGUAACAAAUUACAAUACACCAUUGAGUUAUUUUAAGAGGUACGUGGCCUUUAUACUCGGUCUGUCCGAGAGCAAGGCAGUUCAGACAGAAUUAGCCUGCGAGACAUGCUCUGGUUAGGGGAAGGAAAAGCCUGCAAUCGCUUCUAAUAAAUUUUAGUGCCACCCCUUAUAAUAAGUUCAAAUUCGCUAUAUAGAUUGACAAAUCAGAGCAGUAUUUUGUUGUUUACUUCCUGCGAAAUGUCAAUCACGCACGUGUCUUGCCGAUAUAGUAUGUCGAUUUCAAAUAAAUAGGCCCUGGGACCGAGGAUGAAUAAAUAUACAGUAUACAGGAGUCUAGGGAGCGCAACACGGUCUGCGUUACGGAGGCUAGGUGGCAUGAGCCAGUAGCAAAUGCAUUAUUUCGCCAUGAGUUUCUCUCGAGGGAACUAAUCAAUCCUUUAGAGCGAGAAGUUAUUUACAGGGAAUGCAAAGCCUUCUGUAUAAAGUCGGACAGUUGUUUAAAAUCCAUCAAACCUGCAUGAUUAACUCUCUGUAUUCUCAAACACCAUUGUAUUAUAUAGGGAGAUUAAGGUUUAUUGCUCAAUACUAAACACUGUAUUGAGGGAGCACUUGCAACUUGGAAAAUUUGAAAGAUAAUGAAAAUGAGCGAGAAAUCAACGCUAUUGCUUUAGCAACAUCAACACUUAUUCGGUGCAGAAAUCCUAGAAUGUCUGCACUCGCGUAUUCCUAGGAUAUCUACCAUACUAUUUCACAGUGGAAUGAGUUAUCAGGAUAUUUGUUACAAUCCCUGUACUUCUACUAUAACAUCUAGUUAUUUCAGUACAUGCUCUGAACACUCCUCGAGCGCCUCGUCGUUAUAGAACCGCCGUCGUUGCUGACCGUUUUGAAUAUUGAUAUUACUGUUGAUUGACGUGUCAUUAGAGCUAUAGCCAAUGAAAAGCUAGUGUUCGUGGGCGAACGCUAUACACGAAUAUUUAUUAGAAGCCGGACUGCCAUGCUCUUCCUUCCCCUAACCAGAGCUGAGCCUGCCUCCCAGGUUAGACAGAAUAGGAAUUAAACCAGUGUAAUUUAUAGUUUAUUUUAUAGAUUAAUUAAUUUCUUCGCCACUGGCGAAGCUAGAGGUCAUGAUGAGCAUGAGUAAAACAUUUUCCAGGAAAAGAGUAUUUUAAUGUUAAAAACAAAUCUCCCAAAUUUAAAAAUGCUGUUUUUAAAAAUUAAAAAAACAUUUUAAUGUGCGAAACCUUUAAAAUCUGGCGAUUUUGGUUUGAUUUUAAACCAAUUCGACCACAAUUGCGUAGUUUCACCUGACCACGGGUUAAUAGCAAGACAAAUGGGUAAACUGCCCGUUAGUCAUGCCCUCGUAAGGCGGGCAUGACUUAAUCACAAAUUCUAACGCUUUCUACACGGCAAAAACGCUCAGGUUGAUGCAAUACUGAUGAAAACAGGAUUGAACAAUGUUUUGCUGCCCACAUUGUUCACAGCUGUCAACAAUAUUGAACAAUAUUGUUACACCCGAUUCAGACUCAACAACAUUGUUCAAUAUUGUUGACAAGGGUGAACAACGUGGGCAGCAAAACAUUGUUCAGUCCUAGCCUGUUGAGCAACGAGCUCGGCGUUUUUUGCCGUGUAUAUAUUGGCACACAUAUAAAAACGUCUGCGUUUACUAAAUUUUGCCUUGCAAAUGUGGUGUCAAGUCACAGAGUAUCUCACAUAUGGAAGAUGCGGUGAGCGCGUUAGAACUCGAGCGAAGGGUAUUGUUAGUAGAUGAGUGACUACCCUGCUCUGUCCUGAUAGGCUGGAAUUCUCCGAAUUCGCUUUCUCACUAAACCCGGCAUGCAGUGGGCUCCGCGUAAUCAAAGAUGGGCCAUGGGGGUGACUGACUGAAGUCUUAGUAAAUUGUGAGGUGUGUAAUUAUUGGAUGUUGCGCUUAUUUUGUAAUUUAAGUACCAAUAAAAAAUUUAACCGGUUUCAGGAGCACAGAUCGGCACUGAACUGAUUGGUACAAGUGUGGCUGUUGCCGUAACUCUUGCCAUAGUGUUUGUUGUCUUAUUUGUGAUCCUCAUCAUAUACAAAAGACGAUUACGCCAAUCUUCCAAGUUGUGUAACCCUGUUCCUGUAGUGGAAACAGUUGAAAUGCAGAAUCCAACGUUACGGCUAUUACCACAACCAUUGCAAAAUAAUCAGGUAUGUAUACAUCUUAACAUGAAUUUUCACGCCAGCCCAGUCAAACGGAAAAACACGGCUAGUACAUUUCCCUGUCACUGUUGGAUGAUUUUCUUGGCCGAAUAUUCUGCUGAAUGUAGCCAUUAUUGUCUCGGGUAUGAGGUUAAUUGUUAAGCCUGGUUUCAAUAUGGUUGUAACUGUCGUGACUCUGUCGUGCACUGUCGCAAGUUAAUUUUAUACCCAGGGAUCGUACAAGCAGCUGGCGUGGGCAGUUUGAAAAAGACAAACUGUUACCGCCACGCUGUCGUUUUUCUGUUUCAGUUAAAAAAACAUCACGACAGUGCGACACGUUUUUAGCCUGUCGCAACUGUCGUCCAGACUAAACUCAGUCAAGUCCAUCUUGACGACACUGUUGUAAUUGUCGUGAACUGUUUUAGCGUGUCGCAACAAGACGUUUUUAAUCAUGUUUCCAUUUGGUCGCGAACACACUCUCACGACAUUUACAACAUUCACGUUCGCGACAGGUACGACCAUAUGGAAACCAAGCUUAAACCUUAUUUGUGCAUGUGUUAGUGCCUUACGGCAGAAUAACAUAAACCUGCAAGGGAGCGUUCAUAUAAUUUAUGUGCGUUAUAUGAACUGUCCGACAGCUUAAUUAAUGCAAAGGCAUGCAUGCAAAGCUAAUUGGUGUAGGCCAAAGGCCUACUUUGGGGGCCAAGGUCGCCGUUAUUAUUUGCAACAUUGUGCGACAUUAGGCGACAUUGGCAAUUUUCAAAGAAAAGUAGUGUGCGUCGCUGGGCGAAACUGGGCGACAUUAGGCGACAUUGGACAAAACUGAACAGUAAUAUCCAGAUAACGUCAAAUAUUAUAAUUCACAAAUUAUGCAUCUACAUAGAAAAUACAACAGUAAAUAUCAAAAUAUAAUUUAGUUAUCAAAAAUUGGUUCCUGUGGCAAAGAACACAAUUAGUUUAUUACAAAUAGCAAAAAUAACAAGGAACAUUUAUCUAACUGCUAGCCUAACAAUUUAUUCAAAGUUUAUACCGUAGUACACAUACAUGCCCAUGCAGUGCAUGGUACAUUUACAGCAUCAUGGAACUCUGACUUCUCAUUAAAUUGACUGGUGUAAACACCUCAUAGAGUUUUAAAACCUGUUUAUGGACUGUGGUAUGCAGUGAUGGAAGUGAAAGAAUUGGCAUUUAAAGUAAAUAAAUUGUCAGCUAGCUAGCUAGCUAUCAUAAACGUGUACCAUGUAAAUCAUGUACCACCAUAACCAUGCUUGAAAUCUAACCCACCAAACUGGCAAACAAAUAUCUCAAAUUAGUCAAAUAGUGAUAACUAUAAAUCUUAUAGUUUCAUUAAAAAAUAGAAUUUACUUUCAAAGCAAACAGAUAGAAAAAAGUUUAAUCCAUAUACAGUUGUAUAACUAUACUGACUUACUUUACUAAAAUUAGAUGACAGUUCCUUUACUUUAACUGAACUAAUAAAUAAUUAAAUUCCUUUUAUCCAAAACCUCAGAGACCUGUUCUUGUUCGGCUGGGAUUUGAGCCCGCAAUACCACGGCACGUCUGGUUUAGCUACUAACUUGUACUACUUCGUGUAAGGAAGCAUAAUAAUUGAUUAUGGCGGGCCUUGGCGACAUUUUAUAACAACCUGUACCGUAGAUCUUUCUGUGGUGCGUUCAUUGCUCUGUAUCUUUUGCGAUGAUACCUAAUUAUGAGAUGUCGAUCAUCGUAGCUUCGUCGAAAAGUAAGUACUUUUAUUUUACAAACUACACAGUCGUAUUUUGAACAUACUAUAGAUGACUUUCUUUAUUCAUAGAUAGGACUAUUCCAUAUACAGUAACAUGUACCGGUGGUAACACCCCUAUCGAGUUCAAGGUUUUACUAUAUGUACCCCUGAAAAAUUCCUACUGUAACAAAGUAUGUCCCAUGAUGGUUUCCUGUUAAUAGCAGUUACCACUUAAAUAAUUCAGCAUUUACCUAUCGAAUUUCAAUUUUUGCCUUUGACCCCUGACGAAAUCUCAUUGAAAAUACCCAACACCUGAAGAAUUACUUCUGAGAAAUUCCAGGGCCAAAAAGCAACGUACCCGAGAUGAAUUCCAAGUUCAUUGAUAUAAUGCCUCAUAGAGACUCAAAAAGGAUCGUGCACUGAUUUAUACUAUAUCUUAUACAUCCCCGGGCGUUCUCACACGCUCCCGGGCGCUUCAGGGCGUCCCCGGGCACUCCUGGGCGUCCCCGGGUGCACCGGGCAGUAUUUAGUACUCGUGACCGAUUAUAUAUGUCCCCGGGCACUCCUGGGCGUCCCCGGGUGCACCGGGCAGUAUUUAGUACUCGUGACCGAUUAUAUACGGUAUAUAUAUAUAUAUAUAUAUAUAUAUAUAUAUAUAUAUAUAUAUAUAUAUAUAUAUAUAUAUAUAUAUAUAUAUAUAUAUAUAUAUAUAUAUAUAUAUAUAUAUAUACCGACGGUACCGUUUAUAACUACCGACGGUACCGUUUCGGCCUUUAGGAUACCUAGUGUCCUUCACUAGGCUAGUGAGAGGUAUUCUGUACUUUUGCACUCGCCAGUUAUCAUGAAUGUAUCUUUGACAAUAAGAUCUAAGUUUGAUUUCAUAUACAACAUUUACAGUAAUGGCGUGUGAUUGACUAAUUUGACUGAGUUUCACAAAGAAACACAUUGGAGAAGAUAGCCAGAAGGCUGCCUUAACAACAUAAUUUAGGUAAUUCUCAUUGGAAUAAUGUGUUGUAAUUCAUAUACAUAUAAACGCCAAAUAACCAAGCCUCAUUAAUACUGGUGAGAGAUGGUGCCCUAACAGCACAUGCCCUUGGUGUUUGUGUACAUGUAUUUAUGAAAAAAACAUGCAAGAAACUAACAAAUAAAUAAGGAAUAGACUAGUAUGGACGACAAACUCAAAGUGCAAAAUUGGGCAUGCUUGUGUGAGAUUAUGCGACAUUAGGCGAAAUUAGGCGACAUUAAGCAAAUAGACUGUCAGGCAAAGUUAAAAAAUUGGGUGCACAUGGGCGAAAGUGGGCGAAAUUAGGCGACAUUAGGCGAAAUUAGGCGACAUUAGGCGACCUUGGCCCCCAAAGUAGGCCUGGCCAAGGACAGAUCGAUUAAAUUUUUGUUCUUUUUGGACGAAAAUUAGAUAAUAUAUUUACAAAAAGUUGCGUUAAUUUUCUUUUGGGCCAGCAAAUCAAUCAUUAUAUUUCGUUUAAAGAAAAGAAUACCCAAGUGUAAAUGUAACAUGCUUCUUCUCUUAGAAAAUUAGGUAUGGAAGGUCGGGUGUCUGUGAUACAAACAGAAUGCAUAUUUUAAUCUUUCCCUGUACAGUCUAGAUUUCAAACUAAGCACAAGUACAGAAUGAAAACAAAUAGAAACAAAUAUUUCUUGAGUGUUUUGUAUUUGGAGAAGGUCAUGCAAAAGGAACGUGUUUAGAAUAAUUUUUAGCUAUAUGUUUGGGGUAGGUCACCGGAACAUGUAUAAGGCGUGAAGGGUAGUUAAUGGGUUAUCAAAAAAUAUUCUUUCAAAAUGCAAAAUCCCGGCCAUGGAUAGCUCCCUCCCACCUCAUAAAUUAUAAACGCUCCCUUAGACCUCCUUAAAGAUCCAGUUGCUAUACCCCUCAAUAAAUUUUAUCCCGACGCGAAAUGCGUCAUUUGGCAGUCAACACAUGAAAUCGGUUUAUUACAAAAAAUUAUUAAUACUGUAUACGUACAGGAAUUUGAUUACGUUAUUCCAGUUGAUGGUGAAACAGCGCCAGACGAACUAGGUUAUGUAAUUCCAGCUGUUGAUGGUGGAACAGCACCAGACGAACUAGGUUAUGUAAUUCCAGUUGAUGGUAGAACAGCACCAGACGAACUAGGUUAUCUAAUUCCAGUUGAUAGUGGAACAGCACCAGACGAACUAGGUUAUGUAAUUCCAGUUGACAGUGGAACGACACCAGACGAUGUAAUUCCCGUUGAUGGUGGAACAAUGACGAAUGAAGAAAUCCAAAUCUCAGUACCCUCUGGUUAUAGUGAGCUUCAUUUUCCCGUCGACAGAGAAACAAUAAAUGCUGGUGACUACCAGAAACUUUUGAAACGCGAGUCUGGUUACGUUUUACCGGCUGAACCACCACCUGUAUACGAAGAUGUUGAAAUUAUUAAAGGAAGAUGAUUAUUCUUACUAAAACUUUCCUCUUUAGUUUUUACCCGGCGUGUAAAAUAUUAUCUACAAUUUUGCUGUUACCCUGUUACUUAGAGGGUGGUGAAGGUUAUUUUACUGAAGCGUGAAUUGCUAUUUCGCGUGAACAAUGAGUAGCCAUAUAUAUAUUUUUCCAUCAAAAAGGAAAUGUCAUGGGCAAACGAGUAAACUUUGAUAUAGAGUGUUCAAAUAGAGGAGACAAGACAUUGUCUCUAACUGCCUUGUAAAAUUGAUUAUUAUUCUAUUAUUGAUCAUUUCUUUCUGUUUGAGUAUUCUGAGUGUUAUUGCGUUCGACGAAGGAGAACGCAUACUAAUCGUG